AUGGUAACUUCACGGAGUAAUUUGAUAGCGACAAGGCGUGGUCGUGAAUGCAUGCCGGCGGGGUCUUUGGGAUACUUGGUGUUCUCAAGUGAGUGUGGUAACGAAGGGAUUGAGUUGGUCCGUCAUUUCGCGGUCCGGUCGGUGCCGGUGGUUAUGCCAGAGCGUCCUCCUCGUUUCUACGGUGUGCGGCCAGUGGAUGAGACGGAUCCUUGGACGGCACACUUUUUAGAGAGACGUGCAGCUCGUCUUGCCGCUGAGAGUGCAGAAGUAUUGGAUAUGUCACCGGAAGCAUCUCCAACUUUGGAACCCAAGUUUCUGAGGAACCCGAAGAUGAAGGCGAAGAAUAGAGUAGCACCUCCUGGGACGCCCAAGUUCUGGCGCUCGGAAUAUCUGAGUGCGAGUGAGAAGUUGCAGCGUCUGAGCGCGCAGUAUGAUUCGCAGGGUAAAUACUACAUGGAUUCGAAGGUGGACAAGAACGUCACGUACACGGUGCCAAAAUAUGCCAGCACACCUAAUCUUGUGGAUGUCGGGAGUACGGAUUCACUCGAUCAAUUUGCCGAUGAGCUUGUCGAAGACCUUAUCGAAUUUGACUUUGAUGAAUUAGACAAAAAUGAUAACACUACGGACGACUGUAAACUUCUUGAUAAAAUCGACAUGGCACGUGGCAUGAAGAAAAUCCGUUCUAGCAUGAGUCUUGACGGAGUUAUGGACGACGAAAACGGUGAACAGAUUCUUGGUAUCGAAUACGACAACCAGGAAGAGGAACGCGCCCACGAUCAGACGGGGGCGAAACACGGCCGACCAUUUGCUGACCAGUUCGUCAUCUCCCGUGACACACCCUACUUGUACAUGGGACUAAGCAACCCCACCUCUCCGCAACCUCCUGACGCGUCGCCACCGCCCGCCUAUGACGACCAGCAAGAUGAAGAUGUGACCACGAAUAUGACCCAGAAUAUGACCCAGUAUGGGACCCGCAGGAAGCAAAAGAAGGGGAAAAAGCACAGCCCCUCUCGUGUCCCGUUCCGAAACGUUACGGGUGUUGUACAUAAGGCCAGAAGCAUGGAGGCUUAUUACUUCGUGGACUACGUCGAUGGCAAAUGGUCCAUUAUACCCAAGAUACUCCGAGGACCCUGGAAACGAAGACUCAAAAGUACAGCACCUGAGGAGAAGCCUACACACCCUGAUGCUAACAUCUCAUGCGUUUGGGUCUACGAUAUGCCCGGUGAACAGUGGCUCGUGCUCCCUGCAGCCCGCCUCCCGAGAUCCCUGGUCCAGUCUCAAACGGCCAGUAUACUCUCCAAGUGCUAUCGGAGAUGCACGGACGCGUUCAGAAGAGAAAAACAGGCCCCAAAAGAAUCAUUUUUCAACUGA